AUGCACACGAGCCAUAAAACUGUCGAUCCCCGCCAUCUUGAUGGAGAAGCACUGGUUCCAAGGCCUGGUGGAAGGACGACUGAACACCAAUCUGGCAACGCCACAUGGCCCCUUCCAUUCGUUGAGGAAUCUAGUGGUGGCCAGGAUGCAAUCAUCACUCUACGGUGCUUGACGGAAUUGCUGCUCUCGUGCUUCCCCCUGCCCGACCUCACGACCCUGGGCUUGCCGUCGAUCUUCUUCAAGGGAUCCGACAAGUACCAUCCAAUUCCCAGACAUCUUGCCUUGCAUACGGCGGAAAGACUCACUGCAUUACAUUUCCAACGAGCGCAGUUCCCAACGUCAUUGGUCCGACAAGUACUACAACACACGUCAAUGCUCAAGACGUUCGUCCAUGAACACGUCAGGGUUUGUAGGCACACUAUACUGGACCUGGACGAGUUAUGCGUAGGCCUUGAGCACGUACGCUUGACGCUCGUAGAUCUUGUCGUCCGUAUCGGAGCCGACACAGCUGACAGUAUGCCUAAUCAUCACAUGACAGUCUCAGUUGGCGAGUUGGGCUCCCUCAAGUCCUUAACCGCUCUGAAAAACGUGUCAGCCUCAUUCGCCGUGUUUUUCGGCGAAGCGACAAUGUGGAGCGGCACCAUAUACGAUCUGUCUUCUGUUCUCCCGUACCAUCUCGGGCAGCUCGUCAUCGCCGAUGAUCUUUGGUACUCGAGCACGGGCUCUUCUCUUGCUCAUAUCAUCAGUUGCGUAGAUUCACUUGCGAGAUUCUUCGGAUCUGAGGGCAGAGAGGGAACGCUUGAAGCCAUGUUUGCCACACCCAUCCUCUAG